AUGGCCUGCAGAUCGCGAAUCACCCCGGUGCUGCGCCGAGCAAGCCUCGCCGGCCUGGUGCGGACAGCUCCCGCUUCCGGCGCCUCGAGGACCGCCCUCCGGUGCUUGUCGACGGCAGGCCCGCGCCAGCUCAGGGCGUCCGGCCCGAGCAUGGCAAAGUUCACCACCGACACGUACCCCGACAUCAAGCGCGACGAGCGUUUCACCCAAAUCACCCCCGAGCACGUCCAGUUCUUCCGCGACCUCCUCGGCAAGGAGUCGGCCGUCAUUGAUGGCGUCACGGCCGAGGUCGCGGCCGACGACAUGGAACCCUACAACGGCGACUGGAUGCGCAAGUACCGCGGCCACUGCAAGCUGGUCCUCAAGCCCGCCUCGACCGAGGAGGUCUCCAAGAUCCUCAAGUACUGCAACGACAACAUGCUGGCCGUCGUGCCCCAGGGAGGAAACACGGGUCUGGUCGGAGGCAGCGUGCCCGUCUUUGACGAGAUUGUCCUCAACACGAGCCGCAUGAACCAGAUCCGCAGCUUUGACGACGUUAGUGGUAUUCUCGUGGCCGACGCCGGUGUGGUGCUUGAGGUUGCCGAUCAGUUCUUGGCCGAGAAGGGCUACAUCUUCCCGCUCGACCUGGGCGCCAAGGGCUCCUGCCACAUUGGCGGCAACGUGGCCACCAAUGCUGGAGGUCUGAGGUUGCUGCGUUACGGCAGUCUCCACGGCAGCGUGCUGGGAAUCGAGGCCGUCCUGCCUGACGGCACAAUUGUCGAUGAUCUCUGCAAGCUGCGCAAGAACAACACUGGCUACGACCUCAAGCAGCUCUUUAUUGGCGGCGAGGGAACGAUUGGUAUGAUUACCGCCGUCUCGGUCCAGUGCCCGCAGAGAUCCAGCGCCGUCAACGUGGCCUACCUUGCCGUGGAAUCGUACGAGAAGAUGCAACAGGCUUUCAAGGAGGCCAGGCAGCAGCUCGGUGAGAUUCUGUCGGCAUUCGAACUCAUGGACCUCCGCAGUCAGCAGUUGGUCCAAAGGGUGCGAAGCAGCAAGAGCCCUCUGGAAGGAGAACAUUCCUUUUACUGCUUGAUUGAGACGAGCGGUUCCAACUCGGACCACGACGCCGAGAAGCUGGGCAACUUCCUCGAAGAUGUCAUGGGCAAGGAGAUUGUGGCCGACGGUGUCCUGGCUCAAGACGAGACCCAGAUUCGCAACCUGUGGAGCCAGAGAGAAGGCGUCCCCGAGUGCCUGGGCCACUGGGGCGGUGUGUACAAGUACGAUGUCUCGAUACCCCUUCCCGACAUGUACAAGUUGGUCGACGAGACGCGGGAAAAGAUUGAUGCUGCCGGCCUCCGGGGUGACUCGGAUGAGUUCCCCGUUGUCGAUGUCGUUGGCUACGGCCACAUGGGCGACUCGAAUCUGCACCUGAACGUUGCCGUACGGCGGUACGACAAGCGCGUCGAGGAUGUCCUCGAGCCCUUUGUCUAUGAGUGGAUUGCCAAGGUCAAUGGCAGUAUCUCUGCCGAGCAUGGUCUCGGCAUUGCCAAGAAGAACUACAUUGGAUACAGCAGGAGCGAGACCAUGAUUGCGUUGAUGAAACAAAUCAAGAACCUCUAUGAUCCGAAUGGUAUCAUGAACCCGUACAAAUACGUGUAG